UUUGUUUUUUCCGGUUGAUGUGAAUUGAAGGUCACAUAGGUUGCCUCGGCAUAUGCCAUCAAUAUGAAUAUAGGUGGCGAGUCUAAUGAUGAUGGAGAUGCGAAGAGGAAAGAAGAGUCGGAAAAAAGAAACCAAGAAGUUCGGGCUAAUAUUCUGGCUCGAAUCUUAGACCAAGACGCAAGAGCACGCUUAAACACUAUUGCUAUAACUAAACCAGAAAAAGCCCAGAUGGUAGAAAAUAUGCUCAUAAAUAUGGCUCGAAGUGGACGUUUGGGACCUAAGCUGAAUGAAGAACAGUUGAAGCAAAUUCUGUUGCAAGUUUCUUCCGGCUCACAGAAAUCCACUACAGUGAAGUUUGAUCGUCGUCGGGCAGCUAUAGAUUCAGAUGACAAUGAGCCUAUUUAGUGUUUACCUGGCCAAAUUCAUUAAAAAGACAUUUUAUAUGACGACAUGUAAAAUUGUUAUGAAAAUAAACACCUUUGAAAUUAAUGUUGA